AUGAAUAUUAAUAACAAUCAAACUAAUGUUACUAUUACAGAUGCAAUAUCUACUCCAACUUUGAAAAUUAAUCCCUAUUUCCCUCCUUCCCCAGUAAGCUCACCUGUUAUUGCGAACUUACUUUUCAUUCAAUUGUCUGAAAAUAACUCUUUGCCUAAUAAUGAAACCUCAAAAUACCCUACAACAUCACAAACAUCACCAAAGCUUCCACAAAAAAUCUUUACAAAUAAUGUUGUAAACUCCAUUAUUAUAUUAAAUAUUACCCAAGACUAUCUACCCAACGAAUAUUCAAACGGAUUGGAUUCAAAGUUUAUCAACGUAUACAAAAACGAGUUAGUUAGGCUGAUUUCUAAACCAGAUGAAAAUAACAUGUGCAGGGUCAAAUGUAUCACUAGAGUAAGUGAGGGGUUAAUACCAUGGAGAUGUUGUUAUAUUAAUUUAGAAUUGUCAAAUAAAUUCAAUUCUACAAUAUUAACCAAUAUAAAACAGGAACAAACAGAUACCAUCAUAAAUGUUUUGGAUAUUAUUGAAAACGAUAAUAACCAACUGGAAUAUAUUAUAGAACUCAACAAUCACAUAUUAGUCGGAAAAACUUAUUUACAAUUAUUUCAGAUUCAUAUUCAACUGUUUCUAAAAUAUAAAACUGCUUUUAUUGAUUCAAAAUUAUUGUUACCAACACCCGUAAACAACUCUAAUAUAGAUUUUACUAAUAUACAAAAAAGAAUAAAAUGUUGGAAUACUUAUUUCAGUAGAUUGAACACAUUCAUAUACACCAUAGUUACAGAAAAAGAGCAAACUUUGUUAAAAGAUGAUAAAAUUGACACACUUUUGAAUAGAUUGUUGUUACAAGGUUGUGAUUACUAUUACAGUGAAACUAAGGGUCAAAUUGAACAUAAAAGUAAAUAA